GAGUUUUGACUUUCCGUAUCAUUACGAGAAUGAGUGGGUGUGUACGUUAUUGUGUGCUUAAUUGAAUUGCACUUAAAUCAUUUCAAAAAAAAAUAAUGCAGUACAUUUAAGCUGAACUUUAAAAAAAAAAACUCAUUACUCUGUUUUUUGGAUUACGACAAGAAAAAACUAAACAACAAAAUGGAAUUUUUACCAAUGCGAGAUUUUUCGGAAUUUUGUGAGAAUUUAACAGAUAUUCGGGGGAAAUUUCAAAAAUGGGAUAGUUGUGAACGAACGGUAGCACUUUAUUAUUUAAUGAGUGGUUUACCAUUUGCAAAUGCAAGAUUUCUCCAGUAUACACUUGAACAUUGCAUAACAUCUGUAUUAAAUACAGAACUUAUCACUUUGGAACGGAAUGCAAACGAUAUUAAUUUUAUAUCGACAAUACAAUGGGAUCGGCCUCAUACAGCGUUAAAUCGUUUACUUGCUGUUUUACCGCUAUUAAAACCGGGUAAUCGUGAAGUCGCUGAUCGUUAUCUAGUUAUUAUACGUAAAGUUUUAAGUGAAUUAGUAACAUUGCCAAAUUCUCGUGCCUAUAACGAUUGCGUUGAAUUAAUGAGUUAUGUUUUUGUACAUCCCGCUUUUGAUAAAGACGAUAAGAAGUCAUUUAAACUUCUAUUGAAAAAAAUGAUUAAUAAAUCGGGAUUAUUUGCGAAUAUUGAUGGGUUUGGGUACACAUCGGUGAAUGAACAUAGUAGUGACGAUUCAGUUAGUCCAAAUACUGAAGUAAAUACGGAUCGAAUGGCAAGACGAUCGAAUAGUUUGACACCGGCUCAAAGUGAUUCACAUGAGAGCCUAGGAUAUAGCAGUGGAGUAUGGUCUUCACAAGAGAAUUUAUCGAUUCCACAAAAACCACGUAGUUAUUCAUUGUCAUGUGAUCCGACCGUGCCUCCACCGCCGUUAACAUCGAGUAGUUCGGAUACCCGGUUGCAUGAUAUGCAACAAUCGCAACAGCCCAUUUCGAAAGGGAUUAUUUUUUGGUUGAAAUCUUUGCGCUUACAUAAAUAUAGUUGGGUUUUUGCGAAUUUAAAUUAUGAACAAAUGAUUGCGUUAACGGAUGAACAGUUACAAGCGGCGGGUAUAACAAAAGGGGCUCGUCAUAAAUUAUUAAUUAGUAUUGCGAAAUUACGAGAGCGAUCAUCGAUGUUGACACAAUUGGAGACGGAGGUUUUAAAUGGUGGUGAUUUAUCGGUUGCGCUAAGGAAAUUAAAAACUAUUUUACAAAGUCCAUUACAAACGAAUGCGAAUGAAGAUUUACCAUCACAAUUUGUUAAAGUUAUGGGAAAAGCAUGUACUCAACUGUUAAUGGUCCGACAUCCGCCAGAUGAUUGUGUAUCACAAUUUACAUGGUUAUGUGAUCGUGCCGAAACAUUGGACGCAUUUAAUGGUGAACAUAAACGUCGAUUGGGAAUGUGGAAAAGUCAAUUAUGUAGAGCUGGUUUCAAUACAACGUCUGUACAACGGAAUAAUUAUAAUUCAUCACAUACCAGAAAUGGUAAUAAGUCAAAUUAUUACGGCUCUACGUCCAAAUUUCAAAAUAAUCAUCAAUCCACAACCAGCAACGGGUACAAUCAUAAAAGUUCAUCAUAUCCAAACAUGCAUACCAAACAACAACCAGGUCAGCCAGGCUCAACACGAACAUCCUUAAAUAAUUUAUGUCCCCCAACAGCUCCUCCAUUACCUUCUGUAUGUACAAUAUCAACAAAUUCAAACAAUCCACAUCAAACACCUUCACCUUCGAGCACAUCGUCAGCAUCUCCCUCGUCAAUACUAUCAAAUUGUUCUCUACUUAAGGCUGCCGUUGUUACAACCGUUCCAUUACCGACAACACAGCCACAACAAGUACGUUUUUGUAAUCCUACCGGGGGUGGUGGGGGUACGAAUAAUAGUGUUACAAAAUCACAAAGCGAACAACAAAUCAAUCGAACCGAUAAUCAUAAUCGUAAAGAUAAGAGUGUGGAUAUUGAAAGUAGUUUAGAGAAUCUUUGUUUACAAAUGAUGGAACAUGCUCUUGGCCCUUAAUUGUUAAUCCAUGAGUUUGUAUUCAUUUUGUUUGUGGGAUAGUACAGAGAAAUUCGAUUUUUCUACAAAAAAAAGGACACUUCGUUGGAUAAACAAAAAGGAUUCACGGAUUCAUUACUUUAAAAAUAUUUUUACCAAAUAAUAUCGUCACUCAAAAUAAUACAAUUUUUCGUGGUCUUUUUGUUAACAGCUUUUAAGGGUUUUGAUAAAAGAUUCUAUUUUUAUGAAAUGAUUGACGAGAGACUCUUUUCAGAACAAAAAGUUAGUGAUCACUGAUCAUGCAUCUAUGGCGAUCUAUGCUGAGUGUAACUAUAGUGAAACCUAAACUGAAACCCACUUUUCGCCAAAAAAUUCGUUAAAUUCUGUCGUAAAGUAGGUUUAACAGUAGUUCUCGUUUUUUGCGAUUGUACUCAGAGAAUAUCCUCUUUCAGGAGUAACUUGCAGUUCACAAAUAAAACUUAUUGAUGCUUGUGUCCGGCAACAUUUCUGGAAUCUCGCUGUGUUCUUCCCUAAAUUCUUCAUUUAAUUUUCUAAAAAUUUUCUGAUCGUAAUUUCUCUGUACUACGAAUAUAAUUCGAACGACUUCGUUAUUUUUAGUUUAUUGUUAAUCAAAUUUUUUUUUAAUUUUAUAUAUAUUGACGGCCUCUCUGGAAGUUGGCUCUUAGUUUUUUUUUUAAUGUAAAGAACUUGUUUUCGCUCUAAACACAUGUUAAAUAAUUUUUACAUUCAUUUUAUUGGAAGUUUUUAAUUAGGUUCUUUUUUUAAUUAAUUAAUUAUUAUUAUUUGGAUACAACAUUGAAUGUUGGUUUUUUUGUGAAAGGGGAUAACUAGGGGGAGGUACAUAUUUUUUAAUUGAAUUAUAUGCGCACUGUUUUUGAGACUGUUUUUUCUUAAUAUAUUUAUAGUUUAUUUGAUAAACGUUUUUUUAAAGACGUUUUUCUUGUGCAGUGUACAAAAUACGGUGGAUAUGUCCCAGAAUUUAGUUCUCAAAUCAUUAUUUCUUUAUUUGUGUCACAAAAUAAAUCAAUUUUCGAAACUCUCAGGAAAUAGAUUUUGUUUCCGGUUUUUUCAAUUCAUUUCAAUCUGAUUUUUGAGAUUCUAUUGAUACGUCUGCGUUCUUUAAAAAAC